AGCCGGAGCGGUUGAGUCGCUGUUCCGCGCCGCGCUGCUCGUUUCUCGGUCGGACUUGAACUUUCUGCGAUCCUGCAGUCGGUCAGCGGAGAACCAGAGGAUCCGUGCCGGGGAUAGAACUCAGUGUGAGCAGAUAUAUGGAGGAGAAGGAGUGUGUGGGAGAGAAAGCCCGGAGUUAAGCGUUAGUUGUGUUUUACACUGACAGAGGAGCCGCUGCUGUCUUUAUCCCAGGUGAACGAGACUCUUCCAGAUGAUUCCCAAAGCUGAACUUCCUUUUUAUUCCUGAAGAACAUGGGGACAGAGGAUUUUGAGCCUGAGGACUUGAACCAAAGACCCUGUCAGCAUGGACGGACGUAGGUGACGAUUGCCCCUGCUGGUGCUUCUAGGGCCGGGACGGUGGCAUUGAGGAAGACCGAUCAGCGCCCACUCUCCUCGUGCCACUGUCGCUCAGCAUGUUGCGUCUGCUUUCUUUAAAGCUCGCCCGCGUCUACCGGUGCGGCAAGUUCCUCCUGGUAGCGGCGCUCUUCGUGGUCCUGCUGAUGAACACACACAACCUGUUGGCCUCCUUCCAGAGGAACGAGCUGGCCGACCGCCGCUUCGUCGGCCUCAACAAGUGCCCGGCCUGCUUCGGCACCAGCUGGUGUCGCAAGUUCAUGAACGGCCAGGUGACCUUCGAGACGUGGGGGCGUCUGCGCUUCCUGGACUUCUUCAACGUGAAGAACGUCUACUUCGCGCAGUACGGCGAGCCCAGGGAGGGGACGCGCCGCGUGGUCCUGAAGCGCCUGGGCUCCAACCAGGAGCUGGCGGAGAUCGACCAGAAGAUCUGCAAGAGGUCGACGGGGAAGGCUCGCUGCGACCUGGUGCAGUCCAUGUACAAGACCGAGUUCGCCCGGAUCAACGGCGACGUCAGACUGCUGACCCCCGAGGUGGUGGAGGGCUGGUCGGACUUGGUGCACUGCCCCUCCCAGAGACUCCUGGACAGGGUGGUCAGGAGGUACGCCGAAACCAAGGACUCCGGAAGCUUCCUGUUGAAGAAUCUGAAGGACACUGAGAGGAUGCAGCUACUGAUGACGCUGGCGUUCAACCCCGAGCCGCUGGUCCUGCAGAGCUUCCCGUCUGACGAGGGCUGGCCGUUCGCCAAGUACCUGGGCGCCUGUGGCCGCAUGGUGGCGGUGAACUACGUGGGCGAGGAGCUGUGGAGCUUCUACAACGCCGCCUGGGAGAAGCGCGUGGACCUGGCCAAGCAGCUGAUGGACAUCGCCGAGCAGCUCACCAACAACGACUUCGACUUCGCCCUCUACCUGCUGGACGUCAGCUUCGACAACUUCGCCGUGGGCCCGCGCGACGGGAAGGUCAUCGUGGUGGACGCCGAGAACGUCAUCGUGGCCGACAAGAAGCUGAUCAGGCAGAAUAAGCCGGAGAGCUACGACGUCUGGUACGAGAGCCGUUAUGAGGAAUGCGAUAAAGAGGCGUGUCUCUCCUUCUCCAAGGACAUCCUGUGCUCCCGGGUCACCGUCGACCACAACUACUACGCCAUCUGCCAGAACCUGCUGUCUCACUUCGCCGCCUGGCGUGGCACCACGGGCGGCCUGCUCCACGACCCGCCCGCCGACGUGGUCAAGGAGGGUCGUCUCACCGCGCUGCUGGACGAGUGCGCCAGGCCUCAGAAACUCUACGGUCGCUUCCAGGCCGCCAAGGAACUGCGCGAGUACCUGACGCAGCUGACCGAGCAAGCUAACGCUAACAGGUAGUACACGGUGAGAGGACGCUGGAGGACGUACGCCACGCCCGGCCCGUCGGGGAUAAACCCCGCCUCGAAGCUGACUCAGUGAGUGGACGUCGAGCUGUGUGCGAUGCUGUAGCAUUGAUGCUAAUACGUUAGGCUUGUUAGCAGUAACGGGCGUGACGCUUUACCAGAUCCGCUCGCCCGGGCUAACGAGGGUCGUGUUUAUUUUAUCCAGGCUGGAGAGACGAGCUUUGUUCUUUAUGUUGGUAGGAAAAUGGUUUGUUCUGUUUAUAAAAACGGGUGGAACAUUUUAUUCAUUUUAAAUCAAUUUAAUAGUGAAAUUUCACACGUAUGCAAGAAGUUAUACCAAAGAACACCUGGCAUCGUUCUGCUUUUUUUCUGUCUCCGUUGGCAAACGUUGGUCACAUGAUGUCCUUGUGCACUACAUAGGUUCUACAGUGCCAUUAACAUUAUAGUAUACGCAGUGGAAACCUGAAACGAUUAGUGAGGCUGGGAUUCAGAAGGCGAAGCGUCAUUUUAUCAGGUGGGUUAUGAAUCACUGGCCUGUAGCGUAAAGGUGUGGGACACACCGUUUAAUACAAGUUCUGAUUCCGAUUCUGUAAUCAUUUGGCUGUCGAACACCUGAAUGUCACAUGUCGUGCACUACAUAGGUUCUACAGAGCCAUUAUCAUUAUGGUUUAUGAUAAGGAAACCUGUGGGAUUCUACCUGUGGGAUUCUACCUGUGGGAUUCUAUUUUUAUUCUAUAAAUAAUAAAGAAUGAUAUUUAAUUCUGUAUACUGAUCUGAAGACUCUAGCAGGUGAAAAGAAGUGGUCAGAGUUGGUGCGUGAUAGUCUGCGGCUCUCCUUGGUCAGAAUGAGGAGCUACAAUCGAGAAAUUGGACACGACUAGAUUGGAAAAAUAAAUAAAUGAUAAGGACUUCUGCUUAAUAAAUCUGCCGUUUCUUGGAAAAGGCACAAAAAUAAUGGGACACAAACAUAUACCUUGAUAAACCUUUCCCUAAUGAGCGACUUUGUAUUAAUGCUAGUUUACGUCGGUUGGUUGGACGUUAAAAAGCACCUUUGUAACUAAAUGACUAAAUUACACAUUUGACUAAAUUAGGGGAGAAAAUUGUAGAAAAAGAAAAAAAAGCACAUUUGUGAUUCCUGACUGCUGAAUUAUAUCUGGCUAUACUGGUGAUAGGGAAAUCAUUUCUUUACAGUACUAUGAGGUUUGGGAUGCAGCAUAUUUCACAAGUCAUGCUCUGUUUGUUUUGGCGUUAGCCAUUAGUAGAAUUUAUGUAAAUUUUGGGUGGCAACUGGCAACCCAACAGUGCCCAAAUCCCAGUCUUUCAUUAAUAUAUAGGAAUCACUGGCCUGUAGCGUAGAGUCCUGCACCUCCUUUACAUGUUUAUUACACAGAUUGUACCAUAUUGGCUCUGUAGAACCUAAUUAGUUCAUCACGUCAAAUCGAACAUCAAUUCAGGUUCACACAGUUAAAGAAAGACUUGUAGAAGCGGCGGCUGGUUUGUAAUAUUUUUGUAUGCAGAGGUUUUAUAUUAGAAACGUGAUGCAGGAUUUCAGAGGAACAAAGUAAGAAAACGUCGACUUGUGUUGAUAAUUCACUAUUUAAUUGUUUACCGUCGUCUGUUGAGGUUUUACAUUGAGGUGCCACAUCAUACUGGCCAAAGAAAAUCUAAUUUGCUAAUUUAUAGUUUUGUUGUUGUUGUUUUUUUAGUCCCUUUGUUAUUCACGUCUCUUAGUGAUGGAGGUAAUAGCGCCUGUUUCAUGGAGCCUGAUUUUAAUGCAGAAAUGAUGCUUUAUAUAACAAAAAUGGUCUGUUUGCUAAUUCGAUUUCAUCAAUCAAAAUACAAAAUAUAUUGAAAACUUUCCUCCUUGUGCUUAAUUUAUAAAGUUCCCAUUUUCAAAGUAUCUAGGAUCUGUUCUUCAGUACUUAUUAUCCGUGCUAUUAUUUUUGGGGCUUGUUGGGUAUCAUUAACCUGCCCUGAUCGGACUCGUUUACCCUCUGGCCUCUGCAUCAACACUUUAUUACGCCCAACAUCCACUUUUCUGAGGCCUUCACACUAUUAGGUUCCUGGUGGCUGCGUAUGGAGCUGAUUUCAAUUGAAGUAUUGAAGUAUUUUUUGUGAGGUUGCGCAAUAUGCAGUGAGAUGACCGUGGAUUUCAGCUCACUGGACAGGACUGGUUGGAGAUUUGAACCCAAAAAAAGCCUAGUUCUCUACUAAAGCCAUGGAUGAUUCAUAUAGGGGGGGUCCAUUUGGGGAUAAUAUUGAUAGGUUGGAAACGGACAGACCCAUGAGGGGACAUGCAGUGGUUCAUACCUUUGAGGUCGAGACCCCAUGUAGGGUCGGCUGGAUAUGGUUUCCUAGCAGUACCAGCUAUAAAAAAAACACUUGGCUUUGAUUUUCAGGUUCAAUUUAUUAAAUUUACUAUUAUGGACAGAAAAUUAGGUGUGGGGGGGGUCAGGUCAUGAACAUUUUAAACCCUUAAAAUUGGAUUCCUGGGCAACACAUUGGCCUAAUACGCAAACCCAGUACACCUGAGACUCGAACCUUGAGCUCUGUAAGCUUACAGGGUGAUAUGGGUGUUGGAAAACUUAGUUCUUUGAAUAAAUUUUGUUUAUUUAUUUCAGUUUAAUAAAAAUUCAACUCUGAUUCAACAGACUUUUCAAUUAAAUCUGCAUUUUGUUUCCGGUACAUAAAUGUGCUGAUUUUACAUUUGAUGGGUGCAAAAUGUUCCCAAAAAGUUGGGACACUUGAUUUUUAAUGCGGUGCCUUGGAAGGGUUCGAAACAUCGCAGGAAUUUGAUGCUGUUUUUCAUUUAGACACAGAUUUCUCAUUAGAUAUUAGAUAUUUAAUAAUGUUAAGGACUGUAAGUGGUGAAAUCUCUAAAUCAUUUGCAAAAUAUUGAGUCAUUUUGCUUUUUUGUUUUUACUUUUAUUUCAUUUUAUCUUCCGUCCAAGCUUUCUGGAGUAGAGUUUGUACUUCAAGGUUUAAAUUAGACCAGAUCUGAAACAGUUUGAGACCCCGUGUUCUAGUGCUUCGUUGUUUAUUAUUUUUCUCUUCAGUUUUAGCUCCAGCUGGAAUCAUUUCUGUUGUUCUGUACCUCACCGUGUUCGAGGCGACUUGCUAAUCUGGUUUUACUGUGCCUUCCAGUCCGAACGUUGAAUUUACAACUUCAAAAACACAUUAAAGUGAAUCUUUACUUUCCUG